CUCGCCAUUCUCUGAUACAAUCACUCCCGAUCUCUUCCAAAACUGGCUCGUGCCAGUCUCCAAAAUCCGUCUUGAUAUUGUUCUCGCAAUCCGAAAACCCCCCCAGAUCUGAUUCACCCCAACUUCACUUGCACCUCACCCCGACCUCACCAUUCCAACUUCGUCAACUUAUCACGCUUUCCUCGACACCCUGCGCAACGUCGUUUCUUGUCACUACGAUCUUACAAUCACUCAAGAUGGCCAACGGGUUUGAUCGCCUAGAGCGGUUCUUCGCCAAGAGAAAGGUGUCGACCGUCACGGCCGACUCUAUUGAGCCCAUCAUCACCACCAGCUUCUCCACCACCGAACCCCAGUUCCCUUCUCCCUCCUUCAUUCGCCCCAAAGCCACACGUAUGGCUGCCCGAGAAGAAGUCAUAGUUAAACAACCCGGCUCUAUUCGAUCUCCUUCGGUGGCAGAUGUGCAUUCGCCUCACCGGAUGGGAUCCAUUAAGGCGCAAAGCUCGACGUACUCCUCAGACUCGUAUCGGUUGCAAUACUCGCCCAUCAGGACGUCCUCGCUCAGGUAUCUUCAGGGACAAAACCUGCUCGAUGGUUUUGAAGACUUCCAGUUUCCGCAGCCUCCAAUCCGCAAAGGGGAGAUUUCACCAGCAUCGUCAACAUCCAACCAAAUGCCAUCUUUUGAGCUCUCUGGACAGCGCAGCCCUCGAUCUUGCUCCCCACGGAAGACAGAAAUUGGCCCGACUAGACUGGACACUCCUCCAGCCUCAGAUCUUGAGGACGAUGACUUUCGCUGCCCUCGAUAUUUCCGAAACAAGAAACUCCCAGAACUUCCACACGGCGCCCUACCCACUCCCGGCCCUUCUCCCGAGCUCUCUCCGGUCCUAGACUCCCAACUGAGAGAAUCAAGAUCCAUCGACAUUCUGAACAAAGCGGUGUAUCAGGAUAUUCACCGCCAACUUCACGAGUGUUUGGAGCAACCUCCACUACGGAGGACUUUGAGUCAAUCCAGCCUAUCGCUCUCAACCAGCAGGGGGUCACCGAGCAGCUCGACCUUGAGAGAACCCGAUGUCAUUGACUUUCUCAAUCUGAGCGACGACGAUAUCGCGGAGAUAAGCCCAGAUAGUCCUACCAUGUCUUCAGAGCCGGAUCACUCUCCUCCUUCUACGCUGGCGCCGACUAUUUCACCGCGCCAGCGCCAAUCUCUCCUCACACUUACACCACCAUACGCCAGCCGCCCUGCCACGGCUGCCGCAUUUGAGGCUGCAAGGAUUGCCCAACGGUACAACUUCGAUCUGGUUUAUGUCGUCAACCUUUGGCCUGAUGUCUCCGGGCCUCCAACGUCGGGACCAGAGGAGGACACUGCUUCCUUCGACUCAGACUUCUCUGCCAAGCCUUCGAGGGGUAUGACGGGCCGUUUGCUAGCUGCAUAUGGACUUCACAACGUCAAGUCUCCUUUCCAAAUCUCAGCUGGUGUGCAUGGGAAGAUCCUCCGCUCGGGAGGUUGGAUCGAGUAUCGGAACCAGGAGGCGCGAAGCGACGAGUUCGCCCGUGGGUACGCUUGUGCCUUUUACACAGGCCAGUACUCGAGAACUGGUUCGAUCGUCUCUAGCAACUCCACUUCUUCACCGAAAGUGAAACAGAGCGAUCGAGGUAUCGUCUUUGCAGCUUACCGGAAACCCAGAGCUGACGGCAAUAUGAUGGGCGUUGGCUCAAGCAAGUCCGAGUUGGCAGAUGUUCACCAAGACGCUGAGGCCCUGGUGGAGAUGCUCAUCGACAUCCAUGUGGCGAAUCGCCUUCGUCAGCCUCUGUUACAUUCUCACGACCCUGACGAGACAGGCCCCAUGCCAAUGCAACCACUUAAUUUGCAGUAAAGCUGCGAGGAUACUUUGUUUCUCAAAUUUCCUCGUCUCUCACUUGGCUCUGUUCAUCAACGUCUUGUUGGUAUUCUUCUUGGCCCUGCUCCUUGGCCAGGUGAUAUAU